AAUUUAUUCGUGAAUUCGCAAGAAGGGCAAGAAGAAUUCAUAAACAUUAUCCUGUGUUGUAUUGUAUUAGAUUGUUAUUGAAAACAAAUACAAUGAGUACCAAUCACAUUAUUAACACUAUAUUCGGUGAAUUCCAAAAGAGUUUAGAUCAAGAGCAAGAAUUGCGUGAAGUUAUAAGAGGUAUAUGCAAAGACGUAGACCAGAUUUCGCGUGAAGCCACUACAGUAUUACAAGUGAUACACCACGAUGAAGCCGCUGUUUCAGCGGCCUGCCUCAAAGCUCGUGAAUUAUUUGAGAAAGCUAAUGCAGGGUAUGGAAAACUGAUGGAAGUGGUACCAGCUGCGGAAUAUUAUAAGUACCAAGAUCACUGGAGGUUCAUGACUCAACGGUAUUGCUAUCUCAUUGCAUUGACUAUUUGGCUGGAAACUGGGAUACUAGCUACACAUGAGACAGUCGCUUCUGUGCUUGGCGUGAGCGCAGAAGAAAGCAAAGAUGGCUUCCACUUGGACAUUGAAGACUAUCUAGUGGGAUUACUGAAUCUUUGCACAGAGCUGUCGCGUCUCGCAGUAAAUUCAGUGACUCGAGGCGAUUACAACAAGCCGUUGCAAAUAUCUAAAUUUGUUAUGGAACUCAAUGCUGGUUUCAGAUUAUUAAACCUCAAGAACGAUCACUUGCGCAAGCGGUUCGACGCGCUCAAGUAUGAUGUGAAGAAAAUUGAAGAAGUUGUCUAUGAUCUCAGUAUUAGGGGCCUUUUGCCGAAAACCAGUGAAAAUUGAAUAAAUUUUGUAGUUUAAAA